AUGGCCUCGUCGGUCUACUUCCAGCAAAACGGAAAUGGCUACGCGGAACGCACACGUUUCAACGGUCUUCCCACUCACUCGACCGCUGUCCGAGAAAAAUGGCAUCGACAUCAUCCCACCUCGUCCUGGUUCAUACCUCUAUCACUGCCUAUACCGGGCGUGCGCACGCGUCGCCUGCGACUAAUGGCUCCCAAUCCAGCGCGCCUGCAUCAGUUUAGCGUCACUCGGUUUGGGCGGAGGAGAGGGCCGCUCAUACUGUGCAUGGGUCUCUUCAUCAUGGUGUUCACCGUAUUCGCGUUCCACAAACGCUUUGCGACAGAAGAGAAAAAGUGGCCGCUCUCGUCCGGAGAGUCGGGUACCCUCGUCUACAGACCGGAGGACUUGCAGCGAAUAUGGGAAUGGGAGAUCGCAGCGGGGCACUAUCCAAGCAGCAGGAAGCUUCCAAAACAGAUUGGAAUGACCACACCACCGCUGAAUCCCGCGCUGCCAGCACGCAAGUCGGCAAAUAUUCCAUCACGGUAUAGGUCGCCCAUUAUAACGAACACUAUUGGCAAUGGUGCCAAACGCGUCUAUCUGGACAUACAGGCAAGCCCUCCUAAUGUUGCUUAUCCUCCGAGGCCGGUCCCGGGGAGUGUCGCGGAUAUGGACGUCAUUAUGGAGCACUGUGACUUCUCGGCCAACAAGUAUGUGCGAGACUGUCUGGAGGUCCUUCGGAUAGGUGCUGGACUGGACAACCAGGCCAGACUGCGGAGAGGGAAGAUGGAUGACUGGAAAUACAUAUAUAUUGAGGACGGAGAGUCCGAAAACAUCACAGAGCCUGAUGCCAUGCUCAAGCCCAAUUAUGCAUCAUUGAAGACUCAAGGUGAAUCCGAGCUCAACAAUGACUUCAGCAAGAAGCGUGGCGUCGAUUGGGAACCCCAUCUGAACUUGUCCCCGCCGCCGAAGUACAGACCGUACAAGGAUCAGCCUAUGCCGUGCGACAAUGAGAACCCCCGGAUAUUCCAUCUGUUCUGGGCAGGAGACUUUACGGACAAGCCGUAUCUCGCGCUCCUGUCGUUCCUAUUCACUCAGAACCUAGGCCUCCACCUUGAUGAUGACCACCAAGAUCCAUAUGUGUGCCGUCCCAAGUUCUGGGUGUGGAUCAAUCCCGGGCCUGCAGCUGCCAUUCCCAACCCCAGUGCUAUGCGGGAGAUGUUCGACAAGCUGAAAUCCAACCCGUGGGCAUCGCCCUUCCUGCACCCGCGAUUCAAGGACGUCAUUCAGUUCAAGCUGUGGAACACUACCGAACAGCUGGAUGGCAUUCCGGAGCUCAAAGACGAGUGGAGGUCGUUGCGGGACACUCUGUUCAAUUCGGGAGGGUUUGUUGAGAAGGUGCAGAUUCAAGAGCAGGAUGAUACCGUUGAUGAGGUGGCCGGGGAAAAUGGGGAGGACGGCGAGGGUGCAACGGUCGCGGCGGCGCCAGCUCCUACGAAGGGCAAAGACGACAAGUUCAACCGCGUUGGUUCCACGUCGGCUGCUGCGUAUGACAGACUGUCGGUCAUUCUUUCGGACAUGGCGCGGUUCGUCCUAUGCCAUAGGUUCGGUGGGAUCUACCUCGAUGCAGACACGAUUUUCCUACGUGACUGGGAGGAGCUCUGGGGUUGGAGGGGCGCAUUUGCAUACCGAUGGUCUCGUCUGGAGACGUACAAUACGGCCGUGCUGCACAUGAACAAGGGUUCGGCCUUGGGAACGUUCCUCUUCCGUACUGCCCUCAAGAACCGUUUGGACUUCCACCCCAUGACAAUUGCAAAGUACACGAAAGACGCCUACACGGAGGGCCUGCUUUUGCGUCUUCCGGAUGCGCUAUUCGAUUCUGCAUGGUUAAACACGGAGUAUUGGCAAAGAGAUCGUCCACCUCAGCCGUAUCUCACGGAGUUCCGCCAUUUUUUCGAGGCUCCAAGGGAUCAGAGCGCGGCUCCCGCUGCUCUGGGCUUUGACGGCUUCUUCAAGGGUGCCUACUCGUACCAUUUCCACAACUUCUGGUGGCUCCCGUUUGACCCUUUACGGAACUGGCCUGACCUGGGUGAGCGGUUCAUCAGUGGCGAGCGGAUUGCUCGAGCUGCUGCAGCUGCCGAGUCUGGCACAGUCAUUCCCGAUCAAGAGGACGACGUUGUAGCGAACGACAAGCGCGACCUCGACUGGGCAACGGUGCUCAAGCGGACAUUCGAAGCAUACAUCCGCGGGGAGCGGCCCAACAUGUAUGGGGAAUGGCUAAAGUGGUAA